UAAAAAAUCACACUGGAAGGAAGAGAAACAAGGACUCCACUAGUCCAGUGCAGCAAUCAAUGAUGAAACUGAAUUUUGGAACUUUUCCAUGGAUGCACUUCAAUGAUCCAUGCUCAAAAAAGGGAAUGGAACUCUGGCUGAGCAUCUGGGUUUUCAGUUUGUGGUGGACAGAAAAUGAGAAAACUCCACCUAUUUAGGACUGAGGAACAGAAAGGACACAGGAAACAGGAGAGCUAUAAAUCAUCCUCCAGUAAAGAAUUCCAGCCAAUUCCACAACUACCUGAUGAAGGACAGAAGAAACUUCUGAUCUUGGUGGACACAAAAGAGAUGAUUCUGCCAGUGGUGUUCCUGUGUCUCACAGCUGUGCUGCCUCCAUCCACUGGACAGGAAUCUGCAGCUCUCAGUGCUCUGUCAAGCAGCAGAGCAGAGCAGCAAAAGUUGAUUGUUGACAGACAUAAUGCCCUCAGGAGAGGAGUAAAACCAACUGCCAGCAACAUGAUGAAGAUGGAAUGGUGUCCUGCAGCUGCAGAGAAUGCCCAAAAUUGGGCCAAUCAAUGUACUUUAAGGCACAGUCCUCCUAAUCUGAGGAGAACUAAUGUACUAUGUGGUGAAAAUCUCUUCAUGUCCUCUGCCCUGUUCUCAUGGUCAGAUGUUCUUCAGGCCUGGUACAAUGAGGAGAAAAAUUUUGAAUAUGGAACUGGGGCAAAACCAAAAGGUGCUAUGUUUGGCCACUACACUCAGAUGGUUUGGCACAAUUCUUACAAGGUUGGAUGUGGUUUCUCCUUCUGCAGCAACACAACGUACAGUUACUUUUAUGUCUGCCAGUACUGCCCCGCGGGAAACCUAAUAAGAUCAAUGAAGACACCCUACAAGGAAGGAGAGCCCUGUGGGGAUUGCCCCAAUGCUUGUGAGGAUGGAUUAUGCAAAAUGAAUCUACUAACUGCAAUUAUUCUCCUGGCUGCAUUGUUACACCAAUCUGAUGGACAGGGUUUUCCAUAUAAAAGUGUGAAAGGUUUCUCCUUUCCUCAUUUUAAGUCUCAAAAUGAAAAACAGAUCCUUGAGCUACACAAUGAAAUACGGAGAUCUGUAAUUCCCACAGCCAGGAACAUGCUGAAGAUGGUGUGGAGUGACAAAACUGCCAAAAAUGCUCAGAAAUGGGCAAAUCAGUGUGGGAUGAAAAUCAGUCCAAGAGACAGGAGAGUUAUUAAUGGUGUCACCUGUGGUGAGAAUGUGUUACUGUCAACCUACCCAAGGACGUGGGCUGAUGCAAUUCAAGUGUGGUACAGUCAGUCGUCCAAUUUCAAGUAUGGAUAUGGACCAAUCUCAAAAAAUGUCAAUGUUGAGAGCUACACUCAGCUAGUCUGGUACAACAGUUACAAGGUGGGAUGUGCAGUUUCCUACUGUCCCACAGGCCCAUACAAAUACUUUUACGUUUGCCAAUACUGCCCUGCAGGAAAUAACCCAAUGCAAAUAGCUAUGCCUUACAGAAGUGGACCAAAAUGUGCUGACUGUCCUGGCCACUGUGACAAAGGACUUUGCACCAACCCUUGCAAGUAUCAAGACCUUCUUGGAAACUGCAAAAAUCUGAAAAUGUUGUUUGGCUGCAGCCAUUCACUGGUGAAGAAGAAGUGUCCUGCAAGCUGCAAAUGCACCACUCAAAUCAUCUAAAGUCCUGCUGGGUGUCAUUACAGCUGCAGAGAGAUUUUAAGAAAAGAGUAGAACCCACUGUAAAGUGUAUUUACUCUCAGUGCAUCUGC